AUGUACAUGGCUGCCCACAAGUGCAAGAUCAUCAAUCCCACUAGUGGCAGGAUUCCCAAGAUCCCCAGCCUCGCCCCUGGUCCAGGAGUCAAUGGUUCCAAGCAGAUGAUAGCUGCCUUCCAAUGGGAAGGAAACAAUGUCGAGUGGAAGGAAGGCGCGUCUGUUCCCACCUAUUCUACUAGCAUGGGUUAUCUAGAGGGUGCGCAGACUGAUAUUUUUGGCGACUUGGGUGGCGAUUAA